GUCUGAGGGUCUCACUCCAUCCUGGCAACACAAACGCACACACACUGCAUCCGCCCUCAUCUCUGAGUCCACUUGUCUGAGGGUCCCACACAUUCAUACAUACACUCUGCCUGAUCCCUGAUCCUGCUGAUCUGAGGAAUCCAGUCACCCUACUCUGUCUCCAGCCCUGCUGGUCUGUGGACUCUGCUCAGAAUGCCUGAGCCAACUAAGAAAGAUGAGAUCUCCAACACCUCCCCUGAAGAGAGUGUUGCACCAGGCAAUAGUGAGGCUCCGCCCCCUCCUGUGAUUACGCCACCUCCAGAGGCUGUAGAGACUGAGCAGAAGAAGCCUGUGGAGGCUGUAGACACAGACCUGAAGGCAUCUGUGGAGGCUGUAGAUGCUGGAAUGCCAGAGCCUGUGCAGCCUGUAGAUGCUGAGCUGAAGGUACCUGUGGAGGUUGUAGAUGCUGGAAUUCCAGAGCUUGUGCAGCCUGUAGAAGCUGGGCUAAAGGUACCUGUGGAGGCUGUAGAUGCUGGUAUGCCAGAGCCUGUGCAGCCUGUAGAAGCCGGGCUGAAGGUACAUGUGGAGGCUGUAGAUGCUGGAAUGCCAGAGCCUGUGCAGCCUGUAGAUAAUGGACUGAAGGUUCCUGUGGAGGCUGUAGAUGCUGGAAUGCCAGAGCCUGUGCAGCCUGUAGAUGCUGGGCUGAAGGUACCUAUGGAGGUUGUAGAUGCUGGAAUGCCAGAGCCUGUGCAGCCUGUAGAUGCUGCGCUGAAGGUACCUGUGAAGGUUGCAGACACUGGGCUGAACGUUCAUAAGAAGACUGUAGAUGCUGGGCUGAAAGUUCACAAGAAGACUGUAGAUGCUGGGCUGAAAGUUCACAAGAAGACCAUAGAUGCUGGGUUGAAAGUGCAUGAGAAGACUGUAGAUGCUCGGCUGAAAGUAAAUGAGAAGGUUGUAGAUGCCACGCUGAAGGUACCUGUGGAGCUUGUAGAUGCUGGAAUGCCAGAGCCUGUGCAGCCUGUAGAUGCUGGAAUGAAGGAGUCUGUGGGGCCUGUAGAUGCUGAAAUUAAGGAACCUGUGCAGGCUUUAGACAAUGGUCUGAAGGAUAAGGACCCCAGCAUUCCCCCUCACCCUGUGCCGCCUGUGAAAUCAAUGAAAGAGGAAACGGAAGCAGUUACUGGGGUGGUUACCCCAUCCCCACCCUCAUCAGAUAAAGAUGACGAUGCUGGUGGCAGAACCCCAUCACCACAGGCCCCAUCAGAGGAGGCCAUUUCACUCAAGAAACUGUCUAUUGAGCUGCCUAAUGAUAGCGUUCCUGAGUCAGCCAGGGAGAGAAAAGACUCAGUGUGGUCACUGGGAGAAGGACAGUCUCUGGAUGACCUGGAAAAGCAGCCAGAGAACACACAGCUUUCUACCUUGCUCAUAGAGAAACCCCAGAGUGGCUCCAUCAAUGUGGGUGACGAUAUAAGUUUCAUUGCCAAAGUGGAGGCCAAAGACCUGUUGCGCAAACCAGCUAUCAAAUGGUUCAAAGGAAAGUGGAUGGAUCUGGCCAGCAAGACUGGGAAGCACCUGCAGCUGAAGGAAAGCUUUGACCGAUUCACCAAGGUUCAUACUUUCGAGAUGCACAUCAUGAAGGCCAAAGAUAACUUUGCUGGGAAUUACAGGUGUGAGGUUACCUACAAGGACAAAUUCGACAGCUGCUCCUUUGAUUUAGAGAUUAAAGAUAUCCCUGAAGCCGCUCCUAGCAUUGACAUUCGAUCAGCUUUUAAAAGAAGCAGUGAAGGACAAGACGAUGCAGGAGAACUUGACUUUAGUGGUCUCCUUAAACAUAGGGAGCCAAAGCAGGACGAGACCCCAGAGGUGGAUGUGUGGGAGAUCUUGAGGAAUGCCAGACCCGAUGAGUACGAGAGGAUUGCUUUCAUGUAUGGUAUCACUGACCUGAGGGGACUGUUGAGGAGACUGAAGAAGACCAAGAAGGAGGAGAAGAAGAGCGAAGCAUUUGCCAAAAAGCUGGACCCAGCAUACCAGGUGGACAAGGGUGGGAAGAUCCGGUUUGCGGUGGACCUGGCUGACCCAACUGUGGAGCUGAAGUGGUUCAAGAAUGGGCAGGAGAUCAGGCCCACCCCAAAGUACAUCUUUGAACACAAAGGCACCCAGCGGAUAAUGAUCAUCAACAACUGCACCCUGCAGGAUGACGCUGCCUACACCGUCACCGCUGGCGAUGAGAAGUCUACCACUGAACUGUUUGUUAAAGAGUUACCAGUGAAAAUAACCAAAGAGCUGCAACCGGUGAAAACCACGGUGAACGAGCGAAUUGAGUUGGAAUGUGAGGUGUCUGAAGAGGGAGCUCAAGUUAAAUGGCUGAAGAAUGGCGUGGAGAUCCCAACUGGAGUCCGCUCUCGCUACCGAGUCAAGAGCGACGGGAUGAAGCACGUGCUGAUCAUUGACGAUGCCAUGAAAGAAGACACUGGCACUUAUUCCCUGAUGGCCUCAGGUGGCACCAGUCAGGCCCACAUUCAGGUUGACUUGAAACCUCUGAAGAUUCUGCAGGACCUGAGUGACCAGACGAUCCGUUUGGGUCAGCCCCUCAAGCUGCACUGUGAGCUCUCCCCUGGGAACGUGCCAGGCCGCUGGUACAGGAACGGCCAGCUGAUCCAGCCUAAUGACCGCAUCAACAUCAUGCACAGAGCCAAGAACCACAGACUAGAAGUCGAGUGCUCCUCAAUCCAUGAUUCAGGGGACUACACCUUUGUGCUGGAGGGAUACUCUCAAAGCCUCUCUGCCAGAGUUCACAUCAUAGAUCCCCCCAAAGUGUACCUGGACAGUCUAAAUUACCCUGACAACACUGUGACCAUCGUGGCAGGAAACAAAUUGCGUCUGGAGGUCCCUAUUAGCGGAGAGCCUACCCCCAGAGUGGUGUGGAUGAAGGGGGAAAGGGUUAUCCCAGAUACAGGCAGUAGGGUUCGAGCAGAGACGUUCUCUGACCACACCAGCCUCACAAUAGACAUCGCAGAGCGGGAAGACUCAGGCAACUACAAGAUUGUGCUGCAGAAUGAAGCAGGACAGGACACAGCCACCGUCAAAGUGAAGGUUGUUGACAUUCCUGACCCCCCUGAGGCCCCAAUGGUUCCUGAAGUGGGAGGAGAUUGGUGUUUGAUGACUUGGGACCCGCCCAUCUAUGAUGGAGGCUCACCCAUCUUAGGUUACUUCAUUGAGAGGAAGAAAAAACAGAGUUCCAGGUGGAUGAGACUCAACUUUGACCUUUGCAAAGAGACCAGUUUUGAACCUAAGAAGAUGAUUGAGGGUGUUCCCUAUGAAGUGAGAGUGUUUGCAGUGAAUGCCAUUGGCACGUCCCGCCCCAGCGAACACUCCAGGGCGUUUGUGCCCCUGGCUGUUACAAGUGAUCCAACAAUGCUGGUGGUGGAUGAUGUCACAGACACUUCGGUGACAAUGAAGUGGCGCCCCCCUGAUACCAUUGGUGCUGCAGGGUUGGAUGGCUAUGUGUUGGAGUACUGCUUUGAAGGAACCGAUGAGUGGAUUGUGGCUAACCCGGAGCUGACGGAGAAAACCAAGUACACCAUCACAGGUCUGCCUCCAGAGAGCAAGAUCUUCGUGAGGGUGAAGGCUAUCAAUAAAGCAGGGCCCAGCGCACCAAGGACGCUCCAACACCCCAUUCUGAUCAAAGAGAUCAUUGAACGUCCCAAGAUUCGCCUGCCGAGACAUCUGAAGCAGACAUACAUUCGCAGGGUCGGAGAGGCCAUUAAUCUCGUCAUUCCCUUCCUGGGGAAACCAAGACCAAAGGUGAGCUGGCUGAAGGGGGGGAAGGCUGUGGAUCCUACACAGGUGAGCAUUCGCAACAGCGAAUGCGACAGCAUUAUCUUCAUCCGCAAGGCCGAGAGGAAGCACUCCGGGAAAUAUGAGAUGUCCGUGCAGGUGGAGAACUAUGUGGACACUGCCAUUUUAGACAUCCAGAUUGUGGACCUCCCUGGGCCCCCACAGUAUGUGAAGAUUGAUGAAGUGUGGGGAGAGAAUGUAGCAUUGGAAUGGACUCCCCCAACUGACAAUGGCAAUGCACCAAUAAUAGGCUACACCAUUCAGAAAGCUGACAAGAAGACGAUGGAGUGGUACACGUGUGUGGAGCGCUACCAUCGCACCUGCAUCACCGUCACGGAGUUGGUAGUGGGGAACGAGUACUUCUUCCGCAUCUUCUCGGAGAACAUGUGUGGACUGAGUGAGAGCGCCACCUCUACCAAGGACAGUGCGCUCAUUUUGAAGGAGGGCAUUAACCUGAAGAUCCCAGAGUACAAUGAAUACGACUUUGCAGAAGCACCCCACUUCACUCAGCCCCUGAUGAACACGUUUGCUAUCGCCGGCUACAACGCCACACUCAAUUGCAGUGUCCGUGCCAAUCCUCGGCCUAAAGUGAUAUGGAUGAAGAAUAAGAUUGCCAUCAUUGACGACCCACGGUACCGCAUGUUUAGCAACCAAGGCGUGUGCUCCCUGGAGAUUCGUAAGCCUAACCCCUAUGAUGGGGGCACCUACACCUGCAAAGCCGUCAAUGACUUGGGAGAGGCGCAGGUGGACUGUAAGCUUGAGGUGAAAGUCCCCCAGGAAUUGUGAGUGUAUGUUCUCAUCCAAGGGGGCUUUACCUUCUAUGAGCUAAUGCAGCGGGGAGUGCCUUUACAUCUGAUCGAUAAGUACAUGAGUGAGGCAAAGAGCUCUGAGCCAGAGAGGAAGUGAAGAGAUUGACCACUGCUACAGCACAGCUGCUCUUUCCUGAAUUUAUAUCAUCACUGGUUACCUAUAUCUAUUUCUCCUUAGCAACCCUGAGCUGGUGGUAGUGGGGAGGGGAGAGUCUUUUCUGCAGUCAGGCAUAGAGCUACUUACCUAGAUAUGCUGUACCAUAAGAGUAUGUUUGACAUCAGCUCUCACACUUCCCGCUGUCCAUUUCAAGUGGCCAUUUAAAGGCUGGUUUAUACUCUAAAGCACUCCGAAAAAGCGUUUUGGCCAGUUGCUUUGUUGUAGAAAUAAUCUUUGAAUAAAAGGGAGGAAGGGUGAAGUAAACUGAACUGAAUUAUGCACAGUAAAAUGUUCAGUGUUAAAUCAACUCUUACAGAGUACAUAUGGUCCCUGUUGGAUUCAUGUACUCUGGAAGAGUUUAAUUAACACUGGAAUUUUUACUGAGUGGCACCAAAUUGUUUAGAUUUUAAAAUGGCUAACAUUGUAAUGAAUAUUUCCAGUCAGUGUUUAAUAGAGAUUUUAAAAAUGCUCCCAAAGAAAUUUGGAGACAUAUGAAAGAAAAUGUGUUUGUAGAAACACAUUUUAUAUUUCCGGUUGUCUCAGAAUUAGCAGAUUUUUCAAAUUUCGCUUUAAUUUAUUUAGUGAUUUUACACUUCAUUGCCAUGUUUCUUUGACCGCAAUAACAAUUUCUUGUGUAUUCACAUAUAUUACAUGUAAUAUUUAUUUUAACUGCCAUUUAAUACAUUUUAAGAAAUGUUUUAUGUUGCUGUUGUGGACAAAUUAGCCAUAGUAUUGUGAUCUGAAUGCUUGAACAUAAAAAUCUUUUCCUCUCACAUGUUUUACUCACAUUUUUUCUCAUAUAGCAUGAUGCUCAUGGGUUCCAGUGUUCUUCUUAAGCGUGUCUAAUUUUAUAUAUACAAUUGCUGGUUGAUCUUGUGUUUGUCUCAUGUUCUAUGUUCUCCCCCUGUAUAGCCAUAUUCUUCCUGUGUACCGCCAUGUUUCCAAAUGAAAGACUAUUUUUGAUGGUUUCUUUGUUAAUUUAAUUUCUCUCAGCAUGUAUAAAUGGCUGACAGUUGGCUCAGCUUUGAUAUUAGAGCAUGAUUUUACUUGAUGGAUCUCUGUGCAAUUCAGUAAUUUAAAUAAUAAACAAUUUUGUGACUUGUUUGUUUGAA